GAUGGUUUUCUAUACUGGAACUCAAAGGUAAAGACAUUCAAGGACAGACAUUUUUGGCAGAGCAUAGAUGAAAAUGGCAAGUUCCCUGGCCUUCCUUCUGCUCAACUUUCAUGUCUCCCUCUUCUUGGUCCAGCUGCUCACUCCUUGCUCAGCUCAGUUUUCUGUGCUUGGACCCUCUGGGCCCAUCCUGGCCAUGGUGGGUGAAGAUGCUGAUCUGCCCUGUCACCUGUUCCCGACCAUGAGUGCAGAGACCAUGGAGCUGAGGUGGGUGAGUUCCAGCCUAAGGCAGGUGGUGAACGUGUAUGCAGAUGGAAAGGAAGUGGAAGACAGGCAGAGUGCACCGUAUCGAGGGAGAACUUCGAUUCUACGGGAUGGCAUCACUGCAGGGAAGGCUGCUCUCCGAAUACACAAUGUCACAGCCUCUGACAGUGGAAAGUACUUGUGCUAUUUCCAAGAUGGUGACUUCUAUGAAAAAGCCCUGGUGGAGCUGAAGGUUGCAGCACUGGGUUCUAAUCUUCACGUCGAAGUGAAGGGUUAUGAGGAUGGAGGGAUCCAUCUGGAGUGCAGGUCCGCCGGCUGGUAUCCCCAACCCCAAAUACAGUGGAGUGACGCCAAGGGAGAGAACAUCCCGGCUGUGGAAGCACCUGUAGUUGCAGACGGAGUGGGCCUAUACGCAGUAGCAGCAUCUGUGAUCAUGAGAGGCGGCUCCGGGGAGGGUGUAUCCUGCAUCAUCAGAAAUUCCCUCCUCAGCCUGGAAAAGACAGCCAGCAUUUCCAUCGCAGACCCCUUCUUCAGGAGCGCCCAGCCCUGGAUCACAGCCCUGGCAGGGACCCUGCCUAUCUUGCUGCUGCUUCUCGCUGGAGCCAGUUACUUCUUGUGGAGACAACAGAAGGAAAUAACUGCUCUGUCCAGUGAGAUAGAAAGCGAGCAAGAGAUGAAAGAAAUGGGAUAUGCUGCAACACAGCAGGAAAUAAGCCUAAGAGAGAGCCUCCAGGAGGAACUCAAGAGGAAAAAAGUCCAGUACUUGACUCGUGGAGAGGAGUCGUUGUCCGAUACCAAUAAGUCAGCCUGAUGCUCUAAUGGAAAAAUGGCCCUCUUCAAGCCUGAGACGGGGUUUCAUCAUGUUGGCCAUGCUGGUCUUGAACUCCUGACUGCAAGUGAUCUGCCUGCCUCCUCCUCCCAAAGUGCUGGAAUUAUAGGUGUGAGCCACUGCAUCAGUUCCAGACUAAGUAUUUAGACAUUUGAGGGGAUUAUUGACAACUGGGCCUCGGGAAGAUUAUUCUGGAAGAUAUCUAUACAAUGACAAGAUUGGAUUCUGUGGGGGAGGGAUUAUGUUCGUGGGAAGGAGGGUAUGUGUGCUGGUGUGUGUGUGUGGUCCUUGGACCUAACCUCACCACCUACUGGCAGAAGGUCAAGGUCAACUGAAAGUCUUUGCUCACUUCAAUCUUCUGCCUCCACCAGAAUACCACCUCCCCGUGGGAAAGGGUUUUUAAUCCUCACUCAGUAUUCUCAGCACCUCUUAUCCAGUAGCUUUGGAAUGAACAACAAGACCUUCAUAACAGCCGCUGCAACUGCUGUCUCCUUUCCUUUGCUACCCCUCCCGCUCCAGCCAUGCCUGCUUCCCCCAAGGCCUCCCGCGGGCCAGGCCCAACCUCCAAAGCCAGCAACUUGAACAAGAGUCCUCUGGCUUUGGAAAGACGGCGGCUUAUGUUUUCCUCCUCAUGUUUCCUCCCCAGCAAAAUCACUCUCUACAUAGAGAGCCCUCUCCUCGUCAACACCAGCAAAGCCACUGACACCUUGGGGAAUCUCAAGGCUUUAUAAAAGAAUGGAAGGAAAGAAAGAAGGAAAGAAAGAAAGAAAUAAAGAAAGAAAGAAAGAAAGAAAGAAAGAAGAGAAGGAAGGAAAGAGAGAGGAAGGAAGGAAGGAAGGAAGGAAGGAAGGAAGGAAGGAAAAAAGAAAGAAAGAAAGAAAAAGAAAGAAGAAAGCAAGAGAGAAAGAAAAAGAAUAAAGCACGAGAGAGACAUAUGAAAGAAAGAAAGAGAAAGGAAAGAGAGAAAGAGAGAGAGGAAGGAAGGAAGGAAGGAAAAUAAAGGAAAAAAGUCUUGCUUCCAAACACAGAAAAAGGAAAUAGAAAUACCUAAUAAUCCCAAAAGAUUAUUUGCUGCUUGAGAUUUGUGGGGUUUUU